GGUAGUUGGGCAGCGCCGAGAGGAAGAAGUUACGAUGGUCCUCAUCAAAGAAUAUCGAGUGGUUUUACCCUGUAGUGUUGAGGAGUAUCAAGUUGGACAAUUGUUUUCUGUUGCUGAAGCAAGUAAAAAUGAAACUGGUGGUGGUGAAGGCAUUGAGGUACUCAAGAAUGAACCAUAUGAAAAAGAUGGAGAGAAAGGACAGUAUACACACAAAAUUUACCAUCUAAAGAGCAAAGUCCCAGGGUUUGUCAAGCUCUUAGCUCCUGAAGGUGCUCUGGUAUUCCAUGAAAAAGCCUGGAAUGCUUAUCCCUAUUGCAGAACCAUUGUCACGAAUGAAUACAUGAAAGACAAUUUCUUCAUUAAAAUUGAAACAUGGCACAAACCAGACUUGGGAACACAAGAGAAUGUGCACAACCUAGACAGUUCUACGUGGCAGAAUGUAGCUGUGGUCCCUAUCGACAUUGCGGACAGAAGUCAAGUGUCUGCCUCAGACUACAAGCCAGAUGAGGAUCCUGCCAAGUUCAAGUCACUUAAAACUGGGAGAGGACCUCUUGGACCGGCCUGGAAGAAAGAACUAGUGAAUAAAACGGAUUGCCCGAGGAUGUGCGCCUACAAACUAGUCACAGUCAAGUUUAAGUGGUGGGGCCUGCAAAACAAAGUGGAGCACUUCAUUCAUGAGCAAGAGAAGAGGAUCUUCACCAACUUCCACCGCCAGCUCUUCUGUUGGAUCGAUAAAUGGGUGGAGCUGAACAUGGAUGAUAUCCGGCGGAUGGAGGAUGAGACGCAAAGGGAGCUGGAUGAGCUACGCAAACUGGGUGAAGUACGAGGAACCAGCGCUGCAGACGAAUGAGAAGGCUCAGGACUGUAAACACCCACGUUGACAGCAGUGAUGGAGUCAGCUAAGGCAGCUCCAUUGAUGCCACUUUUAACUUUAACUGAUUCGAGCUGUGGAGGAGGGACUACUGCUACCUGCAAUCGAUAGAGCAGAUUCCCAACUUGACCCCAAUCAUAGACAUUUUAUUCAAUGAGGAAUUGAUUACUAGAAAACCAACACGAUCCUAACUGAUGAGACUUUGGUUAGUUCUGAUCUCGUCGUGGGCGGAGAAAGACCCGCUAGUCAUGUGAGUCAGAAAGAGGAGUUACUUGCAUCACAAAUGAAUAUAUAAGCAAAUUGAUUAGCUUAAUUCCACAGUGGCAGGUGUUGGACCAAAUGUUUAAUUUUCUAUGUAAAGUAAAAUGUUUCUUUUGGUUGCAUCAAACACAUCCCGUACAAGGAGAUGUCUUGUGUGACCUUGCUUUGUCUCCAGUUUGGUCUUAACUGUAAACACUGUCUCCCAGUGGGUUGCAUUCCCUGGCAUGAAACCGUUUGUCAUAUUCAUGUUCCUUCCUGCCACAGCUUCCAUUAAGUGAUUACUAACACCUUUGGCUCCCAGCCUCAUUAUAAUCCUCCUGCUAUCACCUCAUCUUAUCCGAAGCACUGCAUCUUCUCAUCGCUGACAAUCAUGCCUGUACAGGUUUUCACUCUCACUCCUGUUCAGACUGAACAAGAAGCCACACACUUGCUUAGGUCUUUUACACUCGACACACGAGAAUAAAUGUGUGAAUUCAUUCUUCCCCAUACACACAUGCAAAGGUGUGGAUACCUAUGUGCUGACUGAUCUGUUUUUAAAAACUCAAGCUGGGCAGAUCUGUGUAGGCUUGUUCACCGGUUACCCCACCCUCCUCGCCCUCACUAGUCUGACGGUAUUUACACAUAACAUACAACGCAGCAUUUACCUCCUUCACAGAUGUCCCGAGAGGAAAAACUGCACUGAAAAACAGCCACGGAUGGUGCUACACCCUUCCAGCCGCCCUGUCACAAGCCAAACCGUACCACCCUCACCACAGACCAGCCUCACUCAUCUGGUUCUCAGAGCCAGACCGUUUCCACACGUCCUGACUGUCCACUUAAUUCCAGUCGUGUUUACAGAUUCACAAUUGCUUUACCAGUCUAGUGCCCAGUCAACACCAGCACCUCUCACCGCUUGCCUUAAUCUCCAGAUCUUUUGUACCUUUUACAGCUCUGCUGCCAGCCUUUUCUCAUGCUACCUCCUUUAGUUCUAACUGGCAGUCGUUUUUUUUGUUAUGCCUAGUUGUUGCUUCUUGUGAGUAAAUCUCAGCAGAUGGAGUUUGUUUGUUUUUUUGUUUUUUUUUAAGUUUCUCUUGCAUCAGCACCUGACAGUGCAAUUCCUUCAGUAUGCACAACAUUUGCAUUGAUAUUGUAACAGGCAAUGUUCAGUCAUUGCAAAGGGUCGCAGAUGGACAUCUCUGCCUCAGAUAAGAUGUUGGAGAAAUUUGCUGUUUGAAUGAUUCUCGACUUUGGACACUAUAGUGCACUUUUCCUUCUUAGGCUUCAGAACUAUGUGGAACGGGCCUGGAGUCAAUAUUGUUAGUAUUGCAUAUGUACAGUAUGCAUUUAGUCAGCAGAUCCCACCAGCAUUCCGUGUUCUUGCUGUGUGUCAUUGUUACGUUGUACAACAGAAAUUUGGAGCUUUACUUUAAGAAAUCUUAUUUCUUACGUUUUUUCAAAAAACAGAGAUAGUAUUGGUUCCAAAUAUGUAACUGUAAGCCUUCAUUUUCUGUUAGUUUAGUGAGGGAAUGUGACGUUCUUCAGCUGAUGGCUCGUCCAAAGAGUUUAAAUGCAUGUCUUAUGUUUACGUAUGUUCAACAAUUAAUGUAGGUAAAAGUUGAAGAGGAUUGUCUGAGGAAGCGUCUUAAACAGUAAAAUACUCUCAGGUGAUCGAUACGACAGGAAGAUCUUGUUAUUUCUAUUUCCAUCCCAUAUCGUUUUUCUUUAGGAAGUAUGACAUAUUUCAAUUUUAGAUGCCCAUGAUAAAUCUAAGCUCUUUCCCUCAUGGGUUUGGCACCUUUUUGUUGGAAUAAUGUGUCGGCCUCAGAGAGCAAAAACUGUAUGAAACGGUUGGUCUACGGCAUAAUCAGUGUUUCUAAUUCCUGCAGUUGAAUAGUGAGCUUAGUGGCUAAUAAGAGUCUGAAUCAAUGGUUUUCAACCUAUUAAGAUAUUGAGAUGAAUUCACAAAGCAACUGCUGUCUUGGUCUGAAUUUAUAAAAUCUACAACCAGAUCUUCUGAAAGUGUCGCUUUGUUGAAAAUCAGGGGAUGUGGUGGUGAAUGUAUGAUCUUUUGUGCCUUUUCUUUCUGGAGAUCUAAAACGUCUGCAUAUUGCAUCAAUAAAUUUUUGUCUUUAAAACUGA